AUGUCUAAUUCACCUAUUGUCCUGGAAGGACACUUUGACCCUAAUAUCCCUCAAAUCUUACCCUACGAUAAAAUGUACAAGAUUCAAAUUGGUAGCAAGCUAUUCAGAAUUAGUGGUGCAUCUUUAAGUUCCGAUGGACCAAGUUAUUUCACUAAUUACUUCACUCAAUUGAGCAUUAAUAAAAAGAGAAACGCAUCAGUUGAUUCUGCUCCAUCCCCUGGUACUGAUAAUUCUACAAUAAGCGAAAUACUCUUUAUUGAUAGAUCAGCCGAUAUUUUUGAAUUGAUUUAUCAACAUCUUCAAGGAUAUUUCAUCGAUAUUAGAAAUGAAAUUCAAUAUACCAUGUUAUUUGCUGAUGCUAUAUAUUACAAUUUACCACGAUUAAGAAGUUUAUUAAAGGAAACAGAUCAUUACUAUACAAAUGUGGGAGGUAGAUCUUUCAAAAUUGCCAAGAAUUUGUUUAGAAGGAAAGGUGAUUCUCCAAAUUAUUUUGAAAUGACUUCAGCUGCUCUAUAUAGAGAUGUGGAACAAUUGAUUGCUACAAGGAAAUUAUUGAGACCGCCGCCACAUUCUCCACCUUAUGUAUCAAGAUCUAGUGAAUAUUUCGCGGAUUUAUUGAAUAUAUUAGGUGGUGCCACAUUGAAAUUAGAUGAUGAUAAGAGGGAAUCUUUGAUAAAGGAAUGUAGAUAUUAUAGGUUUUUAAACUUGGAACAAAAUUUAAUUAAGCAUAAGAUUACUUUUAACCCACUUACGAAAAGAGAAGAAAUUUCAUUGAAUUUGAAAGAUAUCUCUAAGAAAGGGAUUAAAAUUCCAGAACAAGAUGUAUUACCUUCAAAUUUAGCUUCUUGUUUCGAACCUGGUAGUAACAAUGAAGGCGGAACAUGUCCUCCAUUAUCAAAUACGAUGAUGGUACCUCCUUCUUCUGCGCAGAAUGAAGAUGGUACACCCCCUAACAAGAGACAACGAACAAAUCUCCCAAAGGAUCAAUUAUGGAAUAUGGUAUCUUAUAAAAGACCCUUCGUUGAUGAAUUUUCUCGAGAUUUGAUUUUCCAAAUCGAUUCUACAGAAUGUACAUUAAUCUUCAAUAAGAAAAGGAAAACACUUCAUUUUACAUUAUCUGGAGAAGCUUCUAUUAUGUUUGAAAGGACCUUUGAUAGUUUGUUAUCAUCUCAAAUGGUUAAUUUGAAUGACUAUAAAAUUGAAUUACCCACUGUACCCAAUGAGUCAAACCCGGUAAGGAAAACAAUAUCCGCAAGUGGUACAGUUAUAUCCACUAAAACUAUCAUUGCUGUGCCAGCAUGUAUAUCCCUUUGUGAUUUAGAUGUAAAUGGUACAAAAUGUAAAAUGAUUAGUUCAUUGCUUAACACUGGAAGUGGUAAUGCAAAUACUAAUGAUGAACAAGUAUGGGAUUUUACAGAUCUGAAAAAUUUGACUCGUGUAUCUGGAUUCAAACUAUAUUUAUCAAAAUCUCAAUGGAAAUUAGGUGUUAAAGAUAAUAAAUUUAUACUUAUUGCUUUGAAAAUUCGUUCCUUCACUAAUAUUAAGGAAUAUUGUAAAGUACUGGACUAUUUAUGA